AUGGAAGAGACUGAAAAUUUUCUAGUAACAGAUCAUAAAAAAGUAUGGACUAAUUUUGGAAAAACUGAAGAGGCUGUUAGUAAAGAUGUAAAAAUUAUACAGGACUGGAUAAAAUGUAAUCAUUAUUUUCCUGAAAUACCUAACGAUAUUAUGAUCCAACACUUUCUGGUCAACUGCAACUUUAGUAUUGAAAGAACAAAACAGUGCUUGGACAUGUAUUAUGCAGUUAGAAUUGUUAUUCCAGAGAUGUACAAUUACAUCAAUCCAACAUCAAGUUACAUGGCCGCAGCUUACGAACUUGUGUAA